GGUGACCGGCAUUCAAUGGCGCGAGUGAGGCAGCCAGGUGGGGGGCAGUUGAGUUGCCGCGAUACACAUGUUCCCAUAUGGCCAUGGCCGCCACGGUCGUGGUCUUGUCCCAGUAGGGCUCUCUCUACUACCCAUAACCCCUCUGCGCGGCUGUGCGUGGUGCGUGCUGACCGCCGAGCGAGCUGCGAGCAAAGGAGUCCUUGGACCCGACCGGGGCCGAUCCCGGUGGUUCAAUCCUAUUACUGCGGCUGCUGUGUGCUGUGCCUCAGAGCUGAGCAGGCCAUCAUCGUCUGCAUCGCUCGCCCUCAUUUCACUGGGAGCAUCGAUCUAUCUAUCAGCUUGCUCAUUGGCCAUCUUCGAUCGUCUUCCAUGGAGAGGCUCAUUGCCGGCCUACUUGGCUUCCUAUUGAUUGCGUCAGUAGGAAGCCAUGCAGCUCGUGCUCCGGAUCAAUACUGGAAGUCUGCUCUUCCCGACACUCCCAUGCCGACCUCCCUCUCCCAACUCCUCAACACCCCAGCCGGAGGCACGACCGUCAACGUCGGCUGGGGCGGUGUCCACGUCGAUGCUGGGCACGGUAAGCCCGGGGGUACGACGGUUGACGUAGGCAAGGGCGGCGUCGGCGUCAAUGUUAACCCUGGCAGCAGCGGCAGGAAGCCCGGCGGCACCACGGUCGGCGUUGGUGGGAAAGGGGGAGUCGGCGUUAAGGUCAACCCUGGCUAUGGGAAGCCCGGCGGCACGACGGUUGGUGUCGGGAAGGGCGGAGUUGGUGUUAACGUCAACCCUGGCUACGGGAAGCCCGGUGGCACCACUGUUGGCGUCGGGAAGGGCGGCGUCGGCGUGAACGUCAACCCUGGCAAGCCCGGCGGCACUACGGUCGGCGUCGGCAAGGGCGGCGUUGGCGUCGACGUCAAUCCUGGCUAUGGCAAGCCCGGUGGCACCACGGUCGGCGUCGGCAAGGGCGGAGUGGGCGUCAACGUUAAUCCUGCCAAGCCGGGCGGUACCGGCACAACCGUUGGCGUUGGCAAAGGCGGCGUGGGCGUCGGCGUCAAUCCCGGGUACGGCAAGCCCGGCGGCACCACGGUCGGCGUUGGCAAGGGCGGGGUCGGCGUCCACGUGAACAACCCGCGCAAGAAGCCCGUCAACGUCAACGCCGGGCCUUUCCAGUACCUGUACGCCGCAUCAGAGACGCAGCUGCACGACGACCCCAGCGUAGCGCUCUUCUUCCAGGAGAAGGACCUCCAGCAGCCCGGUAAGAAGGUGACCGUCCAGUUCGCCAACACCGCGACCGCCGGCGCCAAGUUCCUCCCGCGAAGCGAUGCCGAGGCCAUCCCGUUCUCCUCCGAGAAGGUCCCCGAGAUCCUGAGCCGCUUCUCGGUCGACCCGGACUCCGUCGAGGCGGCGGAGAUGGCGCAGACGCUGCGCGACUGCGAGGCGCCCGCGGCCAAGGGCGAGAAGAAGGCGUGCGCCACGUCGCUGGAGUCCAUGGUGGACUUCGCCACCACCAGCCUCGGGACCAGCCACGUGAGGGCCGUCUCGACCGUCGUGGCCAAGGAGGGCUCGCCGAAGCAGGAGUACACCGUGACCGGCGUCAAGCCCGCGGCCGGCACCGGCCACGACGGCCGCCUCGUGGCCUGCCACGCGGAGCCGUACGCGUACGCCGUGUUCGCGUGCCACCUGACGCAGCAGACGCGGGCGUACUCGGUGUCGAUGCUCGGCAGGGACGGCACGGCCGUGGACGCUGUCGCGGUGUGCCACGCCGACACGUCCGGCUGGAACCCCAAGCACAUCGCCUUCCAGGUGCUCAAAGUGAAGCCCGGCACGGUGCCGGUCUGCCACUUCCUGCCGCAGGACCACGUCGUCUGGACCCGCAGCGGCUGAGGCUGCUGGAUGGCUGCCGUUUGCUCUCGUCGCGCCGCCUGAUGGAGUGAUGGUUUCGUUUUCAUUGUAUUCUAGUAGCCUCUGGGCAUACUGUUUAUGUUUCCAGUAUAGUGCUUGAUGUUUGUAUGGAUGGUGUGGCCAGCCAGUAUCGACCACCUGCUUAGAUUCUGUUGUAUAGUUCUAAAUAAACAGGCAUGUCUUUACGGUUACUGCUCUGAGCCUGAA